AUGGAGCCCGAGGCCUUGGAAACGUGCCCCUACAACCCCCACCACCGGAUCCCCCUCGGUCGCUUCCAAUACCACCUGGCCUCCUGCCGGAGGAAGAACCCCAAGAAGGCCAAAAAGAUGGGCAGCUGCAAAUACAACGCCUGCCACGUGGUCCCCAUCAAGAACCUGGAGGAGCACGAGGCGGGGUGCGCGAGCCGCGGCAGCCUGGAGGAGGAGGGCAGCUGGAGCCCCGAGGCUGGGCGCAGAGCAGGACCCCCCUCCAGCGGCCCGUGGCUCUCCCGCUGGCUCCCCGGGCCCGACACCUGGAACGUGGACAACAGCAACUGCCGCCCCAUGUUCGUCCUUAAGACUUUUGUCCCUCAGAAGCUUGUUUGUGAAAGUGACGCCAGAGCGUCAGAGAUGGGGGGCUACUCUGCCCCCCUGAAGAACCUCAGACCAGGCGAAUGA